AUAUAUAUAUAUAUAUCUAUAUAUAUAUAUACGUAACUCAAAACCAACUCACAAUUGUGCAAUAAAUAAGAUGACUACGUACACCGACAAAGGAGCUAAACCGAAAUCCGGUAAAUUUCUAUCUUUCGAUCAUUUAACCUUCUACGUAGGUAAUGCGAAACAAGCAGCCAGUUAUUAUACAACGCGCAUGGGCUUUGAGCCUUUGGGUUAUCAGGGUCUUGAAACAGGAAAUCGCCAAUUUGCCAAGCAUGCCGUUAGACAAAAUAAAAUCGUCUUUGUAUUCGUAUCGUCGUAUAAUCCCGACGAUUAUGAGCAUGGCCAGCACUUAAUGAAGCAUGGCGAUGGCGUUAAGGAUGUAGCAUUUGAGGUCGAAGAUAUUGAUGCCAUUUUCAAAAUGUCUAAAGAUCGUGGUGCAACUGUGCUACGUGAAUUAUGGGAGGAGAGCGAUGAAUACGGUUCGGUCCGUUUUGCUACUAUUAAAACGUAUGGUGAUACUACUCAUACUUUUGUGGAUCGUAGCAAAUAUCGUGGUGCUUUCUUGCCGGGAUUUAAGCCAUUGGGAAAAGAUGUUUUAUUAGAGAAACUGCCUCCGGCUAAAUUGGAUUUUAUUGAUCACGUUGUGGGCAAUCAACCAGAUUUGCAAAUGGAAAGCGUGGCCGCUUGGUACGAACGUAUUUUACAAUUUCAUCGUUUCUGGUCGGUAGAUGAUUCCCAAAUUCAUACCGAGUACUCGGCUCUGCGUUCAAUAGUAAUGGCUAAUUAUGAAGAGACGGUUAAAAUGCCCAUAAAUGAACCGGCCAAAGGUAAAAAGAAAUCGCAAAUACAAGAGUAUGUAGAAUACUACGGUGGAGCUGGCGUACAACAUAUUGCAUUGAAUACGAAGGAUAUUAUAACGGCUAUAAGGAAUUUGCGCGCCAGAGGGAUGGAAUUUUUAACCAUACCCGAUUCAUAUUAUGAGAUUCUUACUGAAAACUUAAAGCAUAGCCGAACCAAAAUUAAAGAAGACAUGAAAGUCCUCAAGGAAUUAAAUAUAUUGAUAGAUUACGAUGAGAAUGGCUAUCUAUUGCAAAUAUUCACGAAAAAUAUGCAAGAUCGUCCUACAGUUUUUUUGGAAGUUAUACAACGUCACAAUCAUAAUGGUUUCGGAGCUGGUAACUUUAAAUCUUUGUUCACGGCCAUUGAAAUUGAACAAGCCAGACGUGGAAAUUUAUAAAUUAAGUCUUCUAGAUGUAACGUUUUCUUUUGUACUCUCUUUUUAU